AUGGAUAAGCUCUCUGGUCUCGCUUCCAAGCUGGGUGGUGGCUCUAGCUCUAGCUCUGGCUCCAACUCAAACCAGGCUUCUGGCAAUGAAGACUACCUUGACAAGGGUCUUGACUCCCUCGAGUCCAAGUUCGGUGGCGGCAAGGUCGAUCCCCACUCUUCCAAGAUGCGCGAAACCAACGAGAAGAUCACCGAUACCGCUCGUGAGAAGUUUGAAUCCCUCACUGGCAAGAAGGUCCCCGAGAAGUUCUCCAACUAG